UUGACACUUGACAGCUGUUGUGGCAUGAGCCAUGACAAUUAGAAAAUCGAAAAGUUAAUUAUUUAUUUGCGAAAACAACUUUUUUCCGAAACAAAACAGUGGUGUUUUUAUUAUAAACCAAUUAAAUUGGGUGUCACAUUCGGCCUGAUGGCGUCUGAUCCUUUGUUCGGGUGGGAUUUAACCUUCAAGACAGUUGAGAAAGAUGUAAAAAGGAAAUCUGAUAUUAUAAUCGCAUUUAUUCAUUGGAAUUUAACGAAAAGAGGUUUCAGAAAUAUCGGGGUCGGCGACGAGCGAACACUAUCUGGAGAUGAAGUAAAGAGUGAAGUUCUACCAACUGGUUGGAAUGACAAUGAUAAUUACACACUUCGCUACAUUUUAGAUGAUAAAUUGUACAUUCUGCAUGGCUUAAAUACUGAUGGAAAUCUUAUUGUGAAUUUAAUGAGGUCAGAAGAUCUAGCCGUAUCAAAUGUUGCCGUUAAAACAGAAGACACUGUGAAAGGCACAAGUGGUCCUAUUGACAAAAUGUUGCCGAAUUACAAAGAUCUAAUGUUCAAUGUAAAAAGAGAUCUCAUAGACACUCUCACUGAGAGAUCUACAAUAAGCAUACAAACACAGACAGGUGUUGGCUCCGGUCUCAGAGUAGCCAGCGAUGAGCCCAUAAGAAUUCCACGUGUCAAUCCUGAUACUCACCUAUGGGAAUUGCCGUCAGCAAAUCUGCCAAAUGUAGGUCGCUCAGAUUUAGAUCCCUUUGCCCCAGGCGGCAGCGGCAUGAUCUUCAACCCAUUUGGACCUCGCAGGGAUAUUGAGAAUCCUGGACUUGGAAUUCCUGGUGGAUUGCCUCGGGGCGCCGUUCCUCCCGGUGCACGUUUCGACCCCUUCGGACCGCCGGGAGUAGGGCCAAUGCCAAGGAGAAGGCCACCACCCCCAGAUGCUGAUCAUCUACCACCACCAGGAUUCAAUGAUAAUAUGUUUUUGUAAAUUCAAUAUUUUGAACAAACUGUACCAAUAAAUAUUAUGUUGGGA